GCCGUGAGGUCAGGCUCCGCCGGCUUUCCCAGCACCCUUUGCGCCGCCGGAGGCAAGAUGGAGGAGUACGCUCGGGAGCCGUGCCCCUGGCGAAUUGUGGAUGACUGUGGUGGGGCCUUUACGAUGGGCACCAUAGGUGGUGGUAUCUUUCAAGCAAUCAAAGGCUUUCGCAAUUCUCCGGUGGGAGUGAACCACAGACUGCGCGGGAGUUUGACAGCUAUUAAAACCAGAGCUCCCCAGCUGGGAGGUAGCUUUGCAGUUUGGGGAGGUCUCUUUUCCAUGAUCGACUGCAGUAUGGUUCAGGUCAGAGGGAAGGAGGACCCCUGGAACUCCAUCACAAGUGGUGCCUUAACAGGAGCCAUCCUGGCCGCGAGAAAUGGACCAGUGGCCAUGGUCGGGUCAGCCGCAGUGGGUGGCAUUCUCCUAGCUUUAAUUGAAGGAGCUGGUAUCCUGUUGACAAGAUUUGCCUCUGCACAGUUUCCCAAUGGUCCUCAGUUUGCUGAAGACCCCUCCCAGUUGCCUGCCACCCAGUUACCGUCCUCACCUUUUGGAGACUACCGACAAUAUCAAUAGGACUUCCUUCCCAGGAUUUCUUCAACAGAAUGAGCUGCAGUUCAAGCAAGGAUCUCAGAAGAUCGACUUACAGUCUGUUUUUAAAACCAUAGGUGGGACAGCUGUGGCCCAGCAGGCUGUGAAGAGACAUUUAGCACAUUUUUCUAUAUAAAGGAACAUGGAAGGGGGUGUUAAGAGAUAAUACAUUUAUUUAUUCACACUUGGAUUGCAUUUGUGAGCAAAGUAAAUGUCUCCUAUCUUUAAAAGGAAAUAUAGUAAGUGCUUAGGAGGUGAAGGACCAUAGGGCAGACAACAGGGAAACAUGCCCGUCAUUCCUUGGGGACUUCUCUGCCUGGAUUUGCGCGUUCUGUUACACAAUAAAAACUCCCGGAACUUGCUCUUUCAUUUAAGAUAA